AUGCCUCCCAAGAACAAAAAGGCCCAGAAGGGAGAUGACUGGGAAGCUGCGGAGAAGGAAGCACAGAAGAAGCUUGCCAAUCUGCAAGUCAAGGAAGAUCCCAAGCAAUCUUGGUCAGAUGAAUCGGAUGAAGAGCCCGUUAAAGCGGCGCCUUCGAAACCCAUGAAUCGAAACGCAUUUAUGAUGAUGGAAGAUGAUGACCUGCCUUCAGAAAAGUCGGACAGCGAGCCCGAGGAUAAGGCUCCGGUGCCAGCACCCGCAGCCAAGGCCAAGAAAGAUAAAAAGAAAAAGGACACCAAGGCCAAGAAGACCGAGGGUGACGAUGAUCUUGAUGCUCUACUUGACGCUAUCGAAAAACCAGCCGAGCCUGCUGUAGGCAAAAAGAAAAAGGGUAAGAAGGACAAGGAGGAAAAGGAAGCCGACGCUGCGAAGGAGGUCACCCCGGAAGGUGACGCCGACAAGGAGCCGGCUGAAGGCGGCGAGGAUGAGACCUCGAAAGCCGAUAAGAAAAAGAAAAAGAAGAGGGACAAGAAGGAAAAGAAGGAUGACGAGGAAAAGCCUGAGGGCGAUGAAGCUGGUGAAGAAGGCGGCGGCAAGAAAAAGGGAAAGGAAAAGAAACUGAGUAAACAGGCUAAAAUGAUCCAAGAUGCAAUGCGGAAGCAAGAAGAAAUGAUGGCCGAAUUGAAAAGGAAGGAAGAAGAAGAGCAAGCGAGGAUAGAAGCGGCCGAGAAGAAACGAGAGGAAGAGGAGCGCAUUGCUAAAGAGAGAAAGGAUGCCGAGAAGUUGCGCAAGAAGGAAAAAGAGGAAGAGCUGAAACGACAGGGGAAGUACCUCACAGCCGCUCAAAAGAACAAGCAGGCUCAGCAACUGGCUCGCCUUGGGCAUUUGAUGGACAGGACACGCGCACAGGCGGAGGCAAAGAAAGAUGGGAAGAAGGAGCCGGUGGCCGGACCAUCGAAGCCACCCGCGAAGCCGGCGCCAGUGGCGAAGACGCCAGAGCCAAAACCUGAACCAGAGCCGGUGCCGGCGACGCAGCCUGAACCGACGCCCGUUCCAACGCAGGCAGAAGAUGAUGAGCUAGACGACUGGGAAGCAGCGGCAGAGGAGGCUAUUGCUGAGCAAGCGGAAGCUGUUAAGGAAGAGAAGAAGCCUGAUUCCGGUACAGCGCCAAAGCCUGUUGCGAAAACAACAACCGUCGAGGAUGAGGUUGAUGAGACUGAAUCUGAAGCAGAGUCCAGCUCUGAAGAUGAAUCCGAUUCUGAUUCUGAUGAAUCUUCUAGCGACGACGAACGUGUCAAAGAGACGAAGGAGGAGAAAAUGGAUCGAAUCCGACAAGAAAUACAGCAACGCCGUGAGAAAGCUAUUGCCAAGAAGACUACCGAUGAUCUCCGGGCUCCGAUCAUUUGCGUAUUGGGCCACGUCGACACAGGAAAGACAAAGCUGUUGGAUACGAUCCGGCGCACGAAUGUUCAAGAAGGUGAAGCUGGUGGAAUCACGCAGCAGAUUGGUGCUACAGAGGUACCGAAGGAUGCUAUUAUUGAGCGCUGUCGGCAAGUCCGCGAGUUCAAGCCAGAUGCCAUGAAGAUUCCGGGUUUCCUAAUUAUUGAUACUCCUGGUCACGAACAUUUUGCCAACCUUCGCUCUCGCGGGUCUUCUCUUUGCGAUUUCGCUAUCCUCGUCGUUGAUCUUAUGCACGGUUUGGAGCCGCAGACUAUCGAAUCAAUCAAGUUGCUUGUCAAGAGGAAAACGCCGUUUGUUGUUGCGCUGAACAAGAUUGAUCGCCUCCAUCAGUAUGAGUCUAGCCCAAAGAAGGACGUGUACGUCCACUUGAAAAGCCAGGCGAGCAAUGUCCAGCUUGAGUUCAAGAAGCGCUACGAUGAAGUUGUAGUGCAAUUCGCCGAGCAGGGUCUCAACGUAUGUCUCUCAAAUGACAAAAAGACAUUGGCUGAUCCGGAUUACAUCCCGAUGGUGCCGACCAGUGCAUUUUGUGGAGAUGGUGUUGGCAAUUUGAUGGCUUUCGCAGCUGAGACGACGCAAACAAAGCAUGCCGACCGUCUUGCUUUUGUUGACGAACUUGAGGCCACAGUCAUGGAAGUCAAGGCAAUUCCUGGCCUUGGCACCACGAUUGACGUCAUCUUGGUUAACGGACGUUUACGGGUGAACGACUUAAUUGUUUUGUCCGGCACGGAGGGGCCGAUUUUGACUGCUAUUCGAGACUUGAAGAUGCCUGAGCCGCUAAAAGAGUUGCGUGUCAAGAAUGAGUAUCGCAGCUUCAAAGAGGUUCGUGGCGCGCAAGGCAUUAAACUGUUGGCGAAGAAUCUUGAUAAAGCUUUGGCCGGCUUCCCGCUAUAUGUCGGUUCCAGCGAAGACGAACUGGAUGUGCUGAUGUCCGAUUGCAAGACUGCUCUCGAUAAUGCCCUCACAUCAAUCAAGAAAAAGAAUGAGGGCGUUUAUGUCCAAGCCAGUACACUUGGGUCAUUGGAGGCACUUUUGGAAUUCCUGAAAUCUCAGAAAAUCCCGUACGCCAAUGUGAAUAUCGGACCGGUCCACAAAAAGGACGUACAGAAAGCUGCUGCAAUGAAAGAGCACGGAAAAGAAGAGUACGCUUGCAUUCUUGCAUUUGAUGUUCGUGUCGAGCGCGAAGCUCAACUAUUUGCUGAUCGUGAGGGCAUCCGGAUCUUCAAGGCCGAUAUCAUCUACCACUUGGAGGAUGAUUUCCUGAAAUAUCGCGAGGAACUGCGUAUGAAGAAACGUCGGGAGCACGAGCAUUUGGCAAUCUUCCCGUGCAAACUUCGCAUUCUUCCGCAGCACGUCUUCAACGCCCGGAAUCCGAUCGUCGUCGGUGUUUCUAUCGAAGCCGGACAGCUGAAGAAGGGCACCCCAAUUUGUGUUCCUUCCAAAGAGGGUAUCUGGCUUGGCAAUAUCUCGUCCAUCCAGAAAAAUCACGACGAAGUAAACAUUGCGAAAGCCGGAGAAGAGGUAUGUGUGAAGAUUGAAAAUACCACUGGUGACGCUCCAAAACUUUAUGGACGCCACUUCACCCACGAAGAUAUGCUAGUCAGUCGGAUUUCGCGUGAGUCCAUCGAUGUUUUGAAGGCCUAUUUCCGAGAGGAAUUGACGAAGGCCGACUGGCAGCUGGUGAUUGAGUUGAAGAAGGUCCUUGAUAUCCUG